GCUCUUUACUCCCCAGCCCAGCGGAAGACGGAGGAGGAGCUCGCCAAGUGGGUUCCGACGAUUGAGAUACUCUUCGCUCUCGUUCGAAGCACAGCCAAGACGGGGACGGCAGAUCUGGCUACUGACCUUGGCUUUGGCCUGGCUGAGGUUUCGGUGGCUGUGGGGCGAUCCCCCGCCAGAUCGAAGAAAGGCUCGGGUGGGCCGCCGAUGCGCCUUCCGCUCGCGAAGCGGCCCAGGACGAUCGAGCCCCGAGAAGACGCGCAAGCGUCUCUGAAGGCUCGCGAGCUCGGCGAGGAGUGGGGCAUGAGGCUCAGAGCGAUCGUCGAGCGCUGCGGUGAGCACGCCGCGAUCGCUGGAGGGCCGAAACCCGGAUCCCCGCUCUCGCAGGAGGAGAUGAAUGCACUGCGUUCGAUCGUGUAUGAAAGCGGCGGGUUCAGGACGAUCAAGCAGUGCGUUCGUCACUGGGAACGCCUCGAGACAUGGGCUAGGUCGCAGAACAUAAUGGCCAUCCCCCUGACCACGGAGGUGUUGGUGAAGUACCUACUGAACCUGGCCGAUCGUGGUUGCGGGCCCACCGUGAUCCCCUCCGUUCGGGGGGCUGUGAAGUGGAUCUGCAAGAGGAUCGGGAUGCAGGGGCCGGAUCUUCUCGCGGUCCCGAUCCCUUUGGCACUGGUGGCGGCGCUCGUCGAGCGAUUCGUGCGCGCAAGGUUCCGAUCGAGCCAGUUCGUGAUGGCUUUCUUCGCAUGGUGGAUCUUGAUUAUGAUCUACUCGUCGCUGCGCUUCGACGAUGCGAUGCACGUCGUCCCCGAGGCGCUCGCCAUGAAGGACGAAGCGCUCUAUGGGGUG